CCUGUAAAGUAGUAGUUUUAUGCUAUUUACUCAAUGGAAUCAGAUUCUGUCAACAGAGAUGACCCGUCUGAAGAGGCGAGGGUGCUGCCAUUGGCUCUGUUUGCCAUGGAACACAACAGCAAGAAGCGGCUGCUGUUCGAUGUUUCCAGCGGAAACAUCUGCGGGAUAACCAGCGCGCUGUUUCCAGACGCCUUUGUCGAAUUCGAGAGCUGCGGCUGGCUUCUCAUGGUCCGACACAAGCCAUUCCACUUCCAAGAGCAGGUCGUCUUCCUAGUCCACCCUAGCACCGGCAGGCGGAUCGACAUGCCGGUGCUUCGCUCCCCCGACAAGUGCUACUUCGUUUUCUACGCUGAUCCUCGUCGCGGAAGUGGGGCUCCCCUGGUUGUUGCGUGCGUCCAGAUCAUGAGCGUCGUUCCGACCGUCCAUGUCGCGUGCCCUGGAGACGUGUACUGGUGCGUCCACAAGCAUACCUGCCAACUGCGCCUGUCGGAAGCAAUGUGCAAAUCCUUCCACAACACUUUGAUCAUGGACGUGGCACUGGUCGGGACACAGGCCGUCUGCGCCGAAUUUCUCGGGCAGAUCCUGAUCUUCGACAUCACAGAAAUGGCCUGGAGAGCGGCCUCUUGUCCAGAGUGGAGCAUACAAGACGCCCACUACCUUGUUGCGUCCAUUGGGAAAGUUGUGAUUGUAUCGUGUCCCCGUGCGAGUGCUUUCAAGUUCUUGCAGCUGGACAUGGAAGCGCUGGCGUGGUCGCCCCUCGAUGACCAGGAGCUUGAGGACACCAGCUGGUUUCUUUCCCAGGGCCAGUCCAUCCGUGUGAAGGAGGAAGGCAGGAGGAAAGUCUACACUUUCCAUCCAAGAGGACGUGGUAACUUAGCGACAGAGAGCUCGGAUGGAUGGACAAUAACAUCAGGGCCUGCCACAUUGAAGACCAUCACAAAUAUUUAUGCAUCUAUAUCUAUAUCUAUAUCUAUAUCUAUACUACUAUUAAAAGAGUAAAUAUAACCCCCCUCUAAAGCCACACAGCGAAGUGUACACAAAAGUACCGGAGACGUUAGAUCAAUCAAACUAAAUUACAUCCAAAGUCUGCCACACAAACUAACGCUUCAGAUUAAAUGUUCUGCCAGGCAGACCACCCCACGCACGUCCUGC